AUGAGCGGUCAGGUGGUGACGGGAACCCCCGUGUUCUCGAUGAGCCCGAGCAACCCGCGGUCCGCGCAGGUGCAACCCGGCAUGGCUCCCGCGACCCCGCCCCCAUUCAACGGCUCAUCGUCGAUGUCCGCUCCGGGUUACGGCGCCGGCGCGGAGGGACCCGGCGCGUCGUCGUCUCCCGCCCACACCGCGCUCGACGUGGAUGAUCAAGGCAACCGCGGCGGGGACUUCGUCACGCGCACGUGGCAGCCCGCGAGGGCGCCUGACGCCGUCGCCCUGGCGGAGGUCACGUCCCAGAUGACCAGCGCGGCGAACGUCGCGGAGGUGUUCAAGGCUACGGGUCUGGGCCAGCAGGAUAUCCAGAGCAGCGCCAGCCGGACGACCGAAGACGACGGUUUGAUUGUCCGCCAACGACCCAGGGCGCGCGCGGACAACAUCGCCGUGCGCAAGGCGCGCGCCGCGAGGGAGGCGCGCCCGGGCGACUGGUUCGACCCGAACGACGGAGGGAUCCUGUGCCAGGCUGACCCGGUUCCCCCCGGCGUGGAGCGCGCGAGGCCCGCCAGGUGGUUCGAUCCGGAGGCUCCGUACCUCCAGACUGUCCCGGCGACGGACUCGCGCAUCGACCUCGAGAUCGUCGACGCCGCCGGGUCCGACAGGACCUACCGCUUCGACAUCUCUGUCGGCCGGCUCGAGUUUUCUUGCCAUCCGCUGAUGAGCAAGGAAGACUUCCUCGCCGCGCAGCUCGAGGAGUCCUUCCGCUCCUACAAGCGCAGGGAGGCAAGCGAUCUCGUCACCCUCUACACCGCAAAGUCCGCGGCGGCGGCGGCGAGGGCCCGAGCCCUGCGCCAGGAGAUGGCCGCGGGCGCCGCGCUCUGGCUCGCCGGCGUGAGCCCCUCCGACAGGCUCAUCGCACUGGAGGAGGAAGCCGAGGAGGCGCAGCGGCUCGCGAUCGACGAGGGCGACCGCAUGAAGGCCUCCGUGCAGCACAUGUCCGAGCUCCACGACGCCAUCGAGCGCGAGCGCAUCGCGUACGGGUGCCGCUCCACCUCCAUCCGAUUCGCGGUGAGACAAAAAGGAAACGGCGAGUCGGAGCCCGUGCUCCUUGCGGGCGCGGCGAGGGACGAGGGCGCGCACGUUCCCAAGCCCGAGCAACAGCGCAGGGCCAAGGCGACGAGCACGAGGUUCUGCGUCGCGCUGGAGGUGAACGGGCAGCAAGUUCCCGGCACGUCCCGACCCGUCACCCUUCGAUCGUCGGGUGGAUUCUCCACCGAGGUUGCGCACGCGUUUUCUCUCUCCGUGCAGCGGUGGCCGGACAGCGUCCGACUGGCGCUGUACGAGAAGGGCACCAUCGUGGACACCUUCCUCGCGGUCGUGCCCAUUGCCGUGCCGGGCAGCAACCCGGGCGAGCCCCUCCAGGACCCCGCGCCUCGCCAGUACCAGUUCUCCGCGGAAUCUCCCCACGCGCCCACGUGGCGGGGCGCGCAGCCUGGCGCGUCGCAGGUGCAGUACACCUCGGGCUCCCUCUUCGUCACCUGCGCGUGGACCCCCAACGCGGCGGAGGCCAUCAACAUGGGCGCGUACGGCAGGCAGCACACCGCGGACGUCGAGCGAUCCGUCCCCGUCGCGCCCCCGCCCCCGCCGUCCACCGCCGCUAAGAGAGCCGCCGCCGCCGCCAAAGUCGGUUACGCCGACGCGGCGGGCGGGUUCGGCCGAGCCGUCCCGAGGCCGGCGCCCGACGCCGUCCCGGGCGGAUCUCCGUCCAAGACGAGCGCGGCGGCGUUGCGUGCGAGCCUGGAUCCGCUCAACCCCGAGGACGCGACGCUUCUCGAGACGCUGGCGACGCGCGAGGCGCUGAGGAACGCCGGGGGGGGCGGGUUUCGCCUUAACCUCAACGACGAGACCAUGCUGGGAGUCAACGCGAAGGCGACCAAGCGCCAGCAGCUUCUCAAGCUUCGCGCCGAGGGCGGCGUCGAGGCGUUGCCCGAGGGCGGCGUGCCCUUGAGCGAGGGGGACAUCCCGGACCACCUCCUGGAGCAGAACGCCGAGGUGCAGAGCCAGAGCAAGCUGCUGUCGGCGCAGCUCCCGGGGUUGGCAGAGGCGGAUAAGCGCGCGACGCGGAUUGCGGAAUUUCUCGCCAAGGUUAAGCUCAACGUGGCCAAGGGACGCAGAGAUCAGAAGAUGGGCGCGAGGGCGUCCAAGGGAGUGAUGCACACCGACGACGUGGUGAAGGACUCGCCCCUUCCCGACAUCACGUUUGACCUCACCGGCGUCUUUGAGUUUUUCCAGCCGAGGCGGAAACUCCGACCCGCGCGCCGCAGAGCCGCGCCGCCGGAGUCCCACCCCGACUACUGCGAGCUCGUCGUCGGCAUCCAGAAGGCGUUCAACCUUCCCACUCGUGCGGGCAUGCAAGGGGGCGCCAUGGGCGGCGUGGGCGGCGGGAGACGGUCCAUGCAGCGCGGCGGCGGCGGCGGCGGCGGCGGCUACGGCGGCGGCUACGGCGACGGGUACGGGGGCGGCGCCGCGCUUGUCGCCUCGGGUGAGCUCAACUCCUUCGUGGAGGUGUCCUUCCAGGGCCAGACUCUGCGCACUCGUCUCGCGAACGGCAGCGCGCCCUCGUGGCAGGAGUCGCUCCAGCUCCCGUUCCGGCCCCCCGGCGGGGAUUUCUCCCCCGCCGCGCUCCAGGGGUGCGAGGACGUGGUGACGAUUUCGCUCUUUGACGAAGCCACGGAGCCCGCCGAGCGAACCUACGGCGCCGGCGCCGUCGCCGGGGGCACGUCCACGACCCAACACUUCCUGGGCUCCAUCGACAUCCCGGUCGCCGCGUUGUACCGCGGCGACGGGGGCAAGAUCGAGGGCGUCCUGCCCCUCGACGCGCCCCCCGUGCUGCUCGGGUACUCGGGCGCGGGCGGCGGCGGCGGGAGCGGCGGCGGGAGAGCCAGCCUACCCGGCGGCGGCGGCCUCGCGCAGCAGCCCAAGCCGUCCAUGUCGGUGUACAUCCAGUUCGCCCCCGCGCUCGCCAAGCCGGAGCCCACUCUGUCGGAUCCGGGCGUGGGCGAGGACGAGAGCGUGCUUCGCCACGCCAAGGUUUGGGAGAAGGAGUGUCGCGCGGCGAGCCGGCACACCAAGCAGCGGCCGUACCGGGCGGUGGCCACCGACGGGAUGGGCCGAUCGGUGCACCUGUGCAGGUACAUCGCGAGCGCGCAGCUCCCGCCCGGGUUCCAGGGUGCCGUCGCGGACGAGCCGACGCUCCGUCAGCUCAUGCGAUUCUGCCACCUCGUGCCCCACGUCACCGACAUGUCCGCGUUCAAUCUUCCACCUGGCGUGGACAUCUGGACCACGAGCCAGGAAUUUUUGGACAUGUGCGCGGGGGACUCGGAGGAGCACGCGCUGCUCCUCUGCGGGUUUCUCGUCGCGCUCGGCGUGGAGGCGUACGUGGUCCUUGGCGUCAGCGCCACGGACUCGGACGCCGCGAUGGUCUUCACCCCGGGUGGACAGGGAAAGAGGCCCGGGAACCCGCCUACGUACGCGCCCAUGCUCGAGGAUUCGCUCAUCUGGGACCCGAUGGCGGGGACCAUCUUCAGCGUCUACGACAGCGCGUGCAGCGCGUGUCUGGGCGAAAUCGGCGUGGUGUUCAACUCGGACAACGUGUGGGCCAACGUCCAGGCGCACGGGCGGCCGCACGAGAUGAACUGGAACCUGAACGAUACCCACGGGUGGAGGCCGUUUUUCAGUGCGGGUUCUUUCCCUCACAGGGCCAUGCCCACGGUGCAGACGGCCAUCACGUACGAGAGCUACCCCCCCGCGUUCUACGAACGCCUCGGCGCGGCGGUGGAGAGGGAGGCGAUGGACGCCAUCGUCAAGAAGCGCGCGAGACAGCACACGCCGUUCAACCGCAGGGCGUCUCGCGCGCUCAAGGACUUACUCCGCGACUUGGAGGGCCAGAUCCUCAUCUCGCCCGACGACCAGGGCGGCGGUCUGAACCUGGGAGGCGGCAUGCGCGUCGGGUCACUCACCGAGCUGCACAUGUCACAGCUCGCGGGCAUCUGCGAGGGGUACACCGUCACGGGGUGCCCGAUGAACCUCCCGUUCACCGACGCCGCCACCGUCAGGGACGUCAUCGACAGGCUGAAGAUCGCAGACACCACCAGGAGCGACGUGGAGUUUGCGGUGGCGACGCACGUGGAACCGUACGGCUGCACGUUCGUGUGCAGCGUGUGGGUGUACGUGGUGCGGCUCACGAAGAUUUCGAGCUAUCAGUAG